AUGGGGAACAUGAUGGUGUCGGUUUCAGUAACUCGCGAGCAACGUGAGUCUGCCGGUGGAGCGUUCGAUCCCUCGGACAAUGUCCUUUUACUUAACAUUUACUUAUGCAAACUUAUCUCUUUUUUUUACCCAUUUGCAGGUCUCUCCAAGCGACCUUUGGGUCCGCCACAUCGCAAAAGUAGUCUACCAAAGCAUCAGGAGGUGAAAAAGCGUUUCCUGGAAAUUUGUGAUACCAACUUCUCGGAUGAGGUGAAAGCUGCACUCCGUUUUCCCGCCUUCGAUUCGUACGAGUGGGGCGAUGCCGAUGUUAUACAUCUAAUGCAAACGAUGUUCCUCGAAUUGGGCUUCAUAGAUAAAUUCAAUAUACCGAUUGAGACGUUGCGCGAAUGGCUGUAUGAGGUCUACAAGCAUUACAACGAGGUGCCAUUUCACAAUUUCCGGCAUUGCUUCUGUGUGGCGCAAAUGAUGUACGCCAUAACCCGCCAUGCCAAUCUGCUUCAACGACUAGGUGACCUAGAAUGCCUAAUAUUGCUAGUGUCCUGCAUUUGUCAUGAUCUCGAUCAUCCAGGCUACAAUAAUAUCUAUCAGAUAAAUGCGCGCACCGAAUUGGCACUCAGGUAUAAUGACAUCUCGCCGCUGGAAAAUCAUCAUUGUUCAAUAGCAUUCCGCUUGUUGGAGCAUCCUGAGUGUAAUAUCUUCAAAAAUUUCAGCAGAGAUACAUUCAAGUGA